CACAGUUCUCUGAGAGAUCCAGUAGCUCACCACUACCAAUAUGGGCAAGAUCAUCAUGUUCGAGGAGAAGAACCUCCAGGGUCGCUCCUAUGAGUGCAUGAGCGACUGCGCCGAUAUGUCCUCCUACCUGAGCAGGUGCCAGUCCUGCCGGGUGGAGAGCGGCUGCUUCAUGAUCUACGAGCGUACCAACUUCAUGGGCAACCAGCACCUCCUGAGGAGGGGCGAGUACUCUGACUUCUUGAGUAUGAUCGGCCUGAGCAGCGGUAUUAAGUCCUGUCGCCUCAUCCCCAUGCAUAGAGGUCAGUUCAGGAUGAAGAUCUUUGAGAGGGAGAAUCUGAGCGGUCAGAUGAACGAACUGACAGAUGACUGCGAGAACAUUUUAGAGCGCUUGGGCAUGAAUGAAUGCUUGUCCUGCCAAGUGUUGGAAGGCCAUUGGCUCCUGUUCGAGCAGCCCAACCUCCGCGGCAGGAUGCUCUAUGUGAGGCCCGGUGAGCACCGGAGCUUCAGGGAGAUGGGCAUGAGCAACACUCGCUUCAUGAGCAUGAGACGCAUCACAGAUUCAUGCUGA